UUCACCAUCGCCGCAACGACCCUCUUCAGCAUCGCCAGCAGCCACGUCAUCCUCGAGAGCCCCCGUCCUUUCAAGUUUGCUGCCUAUGGCCCCGCGAACCCAAUCACCGAAGAUGGCGCCGACUUCCCCUGCAAGAUCCCACCGGGAGUCACCAAACUCGAAAUCGACGGCUCCCCAACCGAAAUGGCCAUUGGGGAGACCCAAACCGCCUCCUUCACGGGAAAAGCAGUCCACGGUGGCGGCAGCUGUCAAUUUUCAGUGACCGAAGGGUUUGAGCCCACCAAAUCGUCCGUCUGGAAGGUGAUCCACUCCAUCGAAGGCGGCUGUCCCAAAGCCAACGAGGGCGGCAACCUCAAUGAUGGCGAGACGCCUGACAAGUAUGACUUCACGAUCCCGGAUGGCAUUACCCCUGGAGAGUGGACGUUUGCUUGGACUUGGGUGGCUCGUAUUGGUGGGGAUCCGGCCGAAUUCUACAUGAACUGUGCGCCUAUUGUUGCCACAGCCGGCAAGAAGGCGGAGAGCCGUGAGUCCAAGGAGCGGAUAGAUCACGUCUCAAAGCGGGCUGGUUUUCCCGGGCUGUUUAUGACGAACAUGGGAGAAGUGAGUGAUGGGUGCUCGGUCGCAGAUAUCCAAAAGCAGAACAAGGCCAUCUCUUUUCCUCAUCCUGGGGAUUCGGUUGAACAUCCCGAGGGGACUGAGAACCUUGUC